AUGGGCCGUUCAAAAAAAGCAAGACGACCGUCAAGAGGGGGCAAGAAUUUCUCAACAAGAACGGACAAAGCCCAAGCCCAGUCAGGAUUUCCAGGCAACAGUUGCCGAAAGCCGCCAGCCUCUGCAGCCGCAUUGACAUUGGUGGAGGAGGCUUGGCGGACCUCGGUGCAAGAUCACACCUUUUGGAACGAGCAAGCCAAGCUACGAGAUCAUCCAGUGAAUUUCAUAAGUGCUGGACAAAGCCAACCGUUGAAAGAAAUAUUGAGUGCAGUACAGUCCAAUGGCCCGAGCAAGAUACAGUCGACACCAGAAGUACCAAGACCCAGACAAUAUGCUACGACUGAUGGUCAUAUCGAUCCUGUUAAGGAAUUGGAUGAAAAUCUAGUCCGGAAUGAUGCUGACAAGAUGCUUCCGGCUUUCUAUUUUGACGAAUUGGGGCGUAUGGCAACUGACAGCACUCUUUACGAGCAAGACAAGGCAGAAAGGCGACCCUCUUCGACGAACAGUGGCUCCAGUGAUGAGAUAAUUCUAUUCCGAGGUCGAAAUCCGCAGAAUGGACCAGCUUUAAAAAUAAAAGACUCGCAUCAAAUCAACGAACAUCACAACGUUAGCGAGGCUCAGCACCAGUCCUCAAGCACAAGGCAUGACUGCGCUUCCACACAGCGACGUUCGCCUCAGACCUUGAAGCCCAGGGGAAAGAAGAGGCAAGGGUGGGACCAAACAAGUGACGAAGACAUAGUGGCUGAUUACAUCAACAACAUGCGGGAAAAUGGGGAACUAGAGUGUCUUGUCAGCCAAAUUGGGUACAGCCAUCGAGACCUUGGCGGAGCUGAUACUGAAGUUGAUUUUGGUGACUCUGACACAGAAGUCAAGAGCAACAGAACUCGAGACUUCCCAAGAACAGCAAGCAAUGAGGCGUCGCAAGGGCCAUUAGUUGAUCAAGGUUCUCUUGAGUAUUCUGCGGAUCAAACGGCUGCUUUAAAAGACGAGGACGCUCUAGUUAAACUCAUCGCUGCUCAAGACUUGAGCUCCAGUUCUGCCGUCGGAACUGACACGCAGGCGUCAGACUCUGACUGCUCUGACGGUCGGAUUUCAAGGAGAUACGACGCUAUGAAACAAGAUGAGUACGACUUUAUGGACUGGAGUUUUGCGGGCAGACGACGAAACAGGAGGAAAGAACCUCCCCAUCUGAUGUCCUUUGACCACUGCGAUUCCGAUCUGGACAUACAGCUUAAGUUGGCAUGGAAGAACAACCGAAUUAAAAAGGCAGAGCGUAAGAAACAACGAGAAGAGCUCCGUGCAUUGGGCAUGCUCCGGAAAAACGCCAGGCCGGACGACCUCAGAACGAAGUAUCCGUCGGGCAUGACUAUAGAGCAAGUCGGAGACGAGCUCCGGUCUUUUCUGCAAAAUGAAGACCAAGUCCUGUCGUUUCCACCCAUGGAUGUUCAUGCCCGAAAAGUGGUUCAUGAGCUAGCCAACAGGUUCAACAUUAAAUCCAAAUCAACUGGUAAAGCCGAUCAUCGUUGUCCCACGCUAUACCGUACAGUCAGAACACUGCCGUACGCAGAAUCACGAUUUGAGCACGCCGUGAACCGAAUCCAACGCCGCUUUCUACCGAGGCUAGACGCUAGGGGUAAACGAAACGCCAAGCCCCUGACACCGCGGGGACCAGGAUACGCUGCAGCCAGCUACAACGAAGGGGAAAUUGUCGGAGCAGCAGCACCCGAAUUGGGCAUUGACAACCGUGGGAGAGCUAUGUUGGAGAAGAUGGGUUGGAGUCGGGGUACGGCCCUCGGUAGUGGUGACAACAAAGGCAUAUUGCAACCUGUGGCUCAUAUGAUGAAAAGAUCCAAAGCCGGACUCGGAUAG